UAGCCGUCGACUCUGUUCCUCCUUUCUGAAUUUUCGCCCUGAUCUCUCUCAAAACUCACCUCAUCAAAACCCUAGCAAGCACCAGAUCUGUUUAAUUUCUCUGAAUCCGCUCCACUCCUUGAGCUUUUCAAUCUACUCGUCUCCGAUUCCACCGCUUCGGAUUGGUGUUGCCGUCGGUCGAAAUAAACCAAUUUCUGCCGCUCCUACUUUCUGAAUUUCUUCCGUUUUCUAUCAAAACUCUCCUGAUUCAAACCCUAGAAAAGUAGCAAGCACCAGAUCUGUUUAAUUUUUCUGAAUCCGCACAACCUCUUGAGUUUUCAAUUUCCAUAUCCAGAUUCUACGAUCCUGAUCGGUCUUGCCGUUGAUUAAAGGUAAUCCAAUUCCCUUUCCCUAAUUUCAUAACGCUCUGUUCUUCAGCUAAUCAAAUUUAGCAUUCCAUACUUCAGCUAAUAUUCUAUUUAUGUUUAUCUCCAUAAUAUUUCUAGAUUAUCUCGUUCACAAGUCAUGAAUUUAAUUCAAUUCGUUGUAUAAAUUGGGAGAAUAUAAUGCGUACAAUUUGCCUGCAAUUGAUUUAGAUGUUUUUCUUCUUGUCAACCACAGUGGCAGUCAUAACUCGUAAAGGUGAACUUUUACCUAUACAUAAGUUUGAUUGUCCUCAUUUUCCUCGUCAAUGCCUGGUCUAGGUAAGAUUUACUAUUUUUUUGUCUUUUGAAACUCCCAUUUGAGGAAAUUCUUCACUUGCAAGCACUGCUCUUUUUACUUGCCAAAAGUUUCCUUUUUUACUUCAUAUUUAGUGCUUGUAUGUAACUUAUUGCACUUUCAGUGAUAUAUUCCAUGUAUGUUUCCAACCAGGCAGUAUGGACAAGAUAUCAAAUGGCAGGAGCCUUCAACAAAACAUGAUAUUACUUCUCUGGUAACAAAGAUAAGGGAAACAGUAGAAACAAUAGCCUAUAAGAUUUAGAUAUUUGCAUGCGAAAGCCAUGUUAGAUGGUUAAUAUUUCCUUUUAUUUUGUUUUUAAAGUGAACAUUUCAUUUGAUAUUUGUUUAAGCUUUAUUGUUGAACAACUAGUUUUGUGCUGUGAUGACUUGUAUAACCUACAAGUUUGGUUUUGCUCUUCAUAUUCCUUGUGCAUGUCACAAAUUAAGGUUUUCUCGUCGU